AUGAAGACCAAAAAACCGAAGGACAUCGCCAGCCUAAUCUACGAAAACGCAAUCCUACCCCUGAUAUUGCAAAACGGAAACAAUUACGGGUCCGACCAUCGACUCGGCCUCCGCGAACCGAACAAUCCAGACGCAGGCCGCAAGAGAAUCAUCAUCGAGUUCGGAUCCCCGAAUAUCGCCAAGCCGUUUCGUGCUGGACAUUUGCGGAGCACGAUCCUUGGAGGCUUUCUCGCUAACCUGUAUGAGGAGGCUGACUGGGACGUGACUCGAAUGAAUUAUCUCGGGGAUCGGGGGAAUGUUCUUGGGGUUGGGGUUGAGAAGUUUGGGGAUUUGGAUGUCCUUGAACGAGAUCCUAUUGCGCAGCUCUUUGAUGUUUAUGUUAGGGUUAGUGCAGUUGGAAGAAAGGAACAGGAGAGCAUAGAGAGCAUGAGGAAAGUUAUUGCCAGCAGGAAGUCGCAGGGGCACCCGUUGGAGGACAUGGAGCGAGAGUUGGAGUUGCUUCAGGCUAAUUCUAUGGAUGAGAGGGCGAUAAAGUACUUCAAGCGUAUGUGUGAGGGUGACGAGGAGGCGUUGGGUUUGUGGAAGAAGUUUCGCGACCUAAGCAUAAUCAAGUACCAAGCAUCGUUUGCUCGGCUCAACAUCCACUACGAUGUAUAUGCCGGGGAAUCCCAGAUCAAGAAUGAAAGUAUGAAGGAGGUUGAAAACAUGACGAAGGAAAAAAGGGUUUCAGAGGUGUCGGACGGUGCUGUCCUCGUCGAUCUGACCAAGUACUCUAAGAAGCUGAGCAAGGAAAUUGUGCGCAAGAAGGAUGGAACGAGCAACUACAUGUCUCGCGAUAUUGGUGCGGUAUUCGAACGAGACGAAGAAUACCAUUACGACAACAUGAUCUACGUUAUUGCGUCGCAGCAAGAUCUUCAUAUGGCUCAACUCAUCAAGAUCAUUGAGCUGAUUGGGAGAAAAGGCCUUGCAGAUAAGCUCGAACAUGUCAAUUUCGGCUUAGUGCAUGAAAUGAGUACUCGUAGGGGAACUGUGAAGUUCCUCGAUGAUAUUCUACGCGAUGCCAAAGACAAGAUGCAUGAAGUCAUGAGAUCAAACCAAGCCAAGUAUGAGCAGGUCGAGGACCCUGAGAAGGUCGCCGAUAUACUGGAUAUCUCCGCCGUCCUGGUCCAGGAUAUGGCUUCCAAGCGUAAUGACUAUACGUUCGACAUGGAUCGGAUGACUUCUUUCGAGGGAGAUAAGGGCCCCUAUCUCCAAUACUCGCAUGCUCGUUUGUGUUCCAUCAUCCGCAAGGCUGAUCUACCGUCCGAGCGUCUAAAGGACGCAGACCUCUCACUGCUGCAAGAAAAGCAGGCAGCCUCUAUCGUGCAGAAGCUGGCACAGUGGCCUGAAUUGACUCAUGCCCUGAAUUCAAGCUAUGAGCAUCUUAACGUUUUGAAUAGUGAGCCGGAGCUGAAGCUUGCACGGCUCACUCUCUAUAGUUGUGCCAGACAGGUUUUGUCGAAUGCAAUGCGACUACUGGGUCUUACGCCCGUGGAAAGGUAUCAAAUGAGAUCACCUGCAUUGAUAAACCGAGUGUGUGCUGACAAUAAUAUAGGAUGUAAUUCAGCUGGUCGAUAG